AUGAGGAGGCAUGUCAGAAGUAAAGAUAGGUGGAAAAUGAGGCCUCUGGUGCUGGUUAGCCAAGUUGUGGAUACAAAAGAAAAGUUCUUGAAGGAAAUGAAAAGUGCUUCUUCAGGGGAAUCCAGCAAAAUGGUGGAGAACCUGAGCAGUAGCCUGGCUGUGGUGCAAGCCAGCAGCUCUCUGAUCGCUUUCCUGUCUACACCCCCAAGGAAGAAGAACUACUGGUCAUAUAACCCAUAUGCCAGAACUCCAGAGCCAGGUGCACACGUGCUGUCUGAAGGUGAGAUCGAAGAUAAACUGCUCCCCUCUUCUGAAGAGCAGGAGGAACAGGGAUGGAGCCAGGAGACAGACCACGACAAUUUUGACACCCUUUCCCACCAGAGUGAGAGCCGAUCAGACACUAAAACCGACCCUUUUGAAAGUGCUUCUGACACAGAGUCCCUGCCUGGGAACCUUAGAAAGGCAUUAUGCCCCCUUCCAAGUGGCACCUCCGUGGACAGAGAAUCAUGGAGAGACCCUGAAGUGCCAGCAAACGCUGCUCAGGAGCAGCAUCUGACCAGUAUCUCUGGGAUUGAUCCAGAGGAAGAACGAGAUUUGUCCUCAGCAGUCAAGGAAGGGUCUUUCAAAAGUGGGACCAGAGCCUUUGCUAGAAAAGAGAACGCCAGUCACCUCUGGGACAGUGUGGUCAGCCUGGAGCCAGAGUGUGCCCUGGUGGGGGCCCCUCAACUCAUAGGGGGCUCACAGAGCACCACAGGCAGUUGCAGUCUCCAGCCAGCCAAGGUGGUGACUGUCCAAGACCAGGGUGGGCUCUCUGAUUUUCCACUUCAGAAAUCCAGGUCUGAAAGCUGUUUGGGGGAUCCUGUGGUCUGGCCCUUUCUGCUGUGGUGCUGUGAACUGGGUCAGAGCUGGCCACAUAUUCACAGCAGGACCAAGGAAGCAGAGCUGCCUGGUCGAGGAUGGCUGGACAGCACAGGAGCCAGGACAGAGGAGAGCAUUCUAGGCCCCCACAGGAACACUGACUUGCUGUGGCCUCAGUCCUGCUUCCAGUCCCCCUGCCAGCCUGCUUUAGGGACAUCUCGUCUCGCAAAUGCCAACCUUCACCAUAGUGCUUCCGAAAAUACUGACAGCAAAGAAAGGGCUUCCCCAGGGCACCACCGUCGGCACACGGGGACAGUGACCAGGGCCCAUUCCAUAGCAGCGUUUCCGUUAAGAUACCUGGAGGUUCACCCAGGACAGGAUGUGGUGAAACUGGGGAGCCAUUUGAAAGAAAGGACAAGCACCUCAGAACAAGAUCCAAGCACACCAGGCCCUCUUGCUCCCACCCAAGUGUCUCCCCUGUGUCCUGCUUCUCAAAGGACUCCUUAUUUGCAAAAUCAAUACAGACGCAGUGCCCUUAGCUGGAGAAAGGCUUCUCAGUGCACACCUUCUGAACACCUCCAGCUGGAAGACCGGUUGGGACAAGAUUCUAGGUCUUGCCUAGUCUCUUCAUGCCUUCCUUCAGAGAGGGGUAGACUCCAAACAGAGGAAGUGCCGGUGCCCACAGAGUGCAAGUCAGAACAUACCCCAGAGAGCAGACCAGAGGAACCUGGAGGUGCUGGCCCUCUCCCAAACACUGUUGAUGUGAAUGAUAAACAAAAGCGUCUUCAGGACAUUUCUGUUGAGGCAGGAAACCAAACUAGUAAUUACACAUCAAAGUAUGUUCUUGGUGAGAACAGAAAGCUACCUGCUAGGGCUGAGUUCCCAGAUGAUUCUAGCAAUAGCGGGUCCCAGGUGUGGAACCCAGACUGGAUGAGGCACUCUGGAGCGAGUAAUGGUGCAGACACCCAAGUGACCUCUCUGAAAUCCAGUGUAGCAAAUACUUCAAGGGAAGUACAGCAUGAAAUAGUUCUAGAUCCUGGUUGUGCUAAAAGUGCCUCCCAGGAUUAUCCAGAAAUCACAGCCGCUGCUGUGUCUCACCACGGCCGUGGUGAUGAAGCAGGUGAUCAGGAGCUGGAAGGGGUUGCCAUGCCUUUACAGGGAGGCCUGCAGUUGGAACCCAGAGCAGACACCCCUCAAGGCAAGUGUGCGCUCAUCAUUAUAGCUGUUGAGCAGAAAGGGCUGCAGGCCACCAGGAGGAGAGUGGUUCCUUUUCCAGAAGCACUGCCCUGUGAGUGUUUGGAGGAAAGACCAGAAUCUCCCCAUAGUGCUGGAUCGACUGGGGCUGGGACCUCACAAUCAUGUAGCAAUCAGUGUGAGUUGCCAGCCAGCCACAGACUGGGAGGUGAUGAUGGGGCUUUUGAGCUGGUGGCCCAAGGCUCAGAGCAUGGGAUAGCUCUGGACCCCCAAGAUACUUCAAAAGAGUGGACCCUAGCUGGAGAGACUGGUCCCCAAGAGCGCAGGUGGGUCAGGCUGAGCAUAGCUGAGUCUGCAGAGGAGAAACCACCUGGGAUGGGCCAACUCUCCUUGACACAGGGUGAGUGGGAGGACGAUGACAGAGCCACGGGUUCCCAGCCUGAACACACACCUGUGGCCAGAAGCCUGCACUUCGUGGAGAGUCCAGGGGCAGAGACCCCCGAAGACAGGCUAAGGGAUCGGGGAGCUGAGAGUGUGCCUUUUGGUGCUGGGCUGGAGGCGUGGGAGUGUCCUGAGGCCCAUGCCUGGGUCACCCACAAGCUACCGGUCCCCAGCCAGCUGGGUCAGGAGGAGGGGGAGAGCCAGUUCCCAACAGUGGAAAGCCCCAGAGGGUCCUCCACCCAGGGAUUGCCUGUGCCUGUCAGCCCCGUGGCCCCCCUUGAACAGAGAACAGGGCAAGAGGAGGUUUCCCCUGGCCCUGGGGACCUGAACUCUGUUCCUAAGAUCGUCCUCUGGGAUGCAGGGCCAGCAGAGGGCAGCGAGGCAGAAGCACCAGAGGAUUCAAGUGGCCCCAGGCUGUCCCCAGAGUGUGGCCACGCCAGGAAACUCCAAACUCCAGAGAAGAGGCUCCGGGCCCGGCUGGCUUCAGCUCAUAAGACGUUUUCAAGUUUUUUUGAAUCAAAAGUUAUAGAAAAAGAAAACACUGAUGAAUGUUCUCCAGGUUCUCUCAGGGGCCAGAAGAAGAGCAGGCUGCGCCAGAGUUCCUGGCGUGUAUUCUUGAAAAGCAAAGAUGCGGGAGGCCCCAAGAGGCCCUCCCUAGGGAACUUGGUUCCAGGCCUGGAAAUCCUGAAUCCUCUCAGACCAGCCCCACCAGGGACCAGCAGCCACUGUGAGGAGCAGGCCGUGGACAAGGAGACCUACGCUUUUAACAAUCCCUGGGUACCACCCACACCUUUGUCAUCCAGCAGGUCUGUCUCUCCGGACAACCGGAGGAAAAGUGAGCCAACUUUCAAGCGUACAAGCCCCCAGGAAGGCAGUAGGCACCCACCUGCAGGUCUCCUUCAGGAAAAGCCCCAGCUGAUAUCACCUCCUAGCUCUCCCGCCCAAAAGGCUGGGCUCAACCUUACCCUUCCCUCCAGCUCUACCUGCUGCUUGGCUUCCGGAAGCCAAGGUGUGCCUUGCAAACCCAUGAGCCCCAAGCCCCAUAGUGCCAAGCCUGGAGCCCAGUGGGGGGAACCCCGCUACCCUGGCAGGGGCAGUACCAUCUCCAUGGUCUCUCUGGGAAGUUACAAAAGUGUGGACAACAGCGCAGAGACCCCUGAAAGGCGCAGGACUCCCAAGGCCCGGACAAGCCGCCUGCUUUCUCUGCAGACACUGGACCAGGAUGGCCAGAAGGAAGACCUGCAGCGCCACUUCAGCCUGAGCACAGCACCCUCGCUCAGGGACCUUCCUGGGAGUGAGAACCACAUGGCAUGGGAAGAACCAGGCAAGAAGCGCAGCUGCUCCUGCAGUCAGAUGAAGGCUUUUCACACCAACAUGUGUUGGAGAAAGAUGACCAGUACUUCUCCAGAAUCUCUGACUCUCCUGAGAAGAAACCGCCCUUUCUCCCAGAGUACCCCGACAGGACUGAAUGGCAUGGGCUGGCCUGAGCACACCUCUGACCCAGUGUUAUAA